UUUUAGUUGAAAAAAAAAUUUUAUAAUGGCGAAACUUAUUAUUAUUUUCGCUGGUUUGUUCUUUUACAAUUUGUCAUUUAUUAUUGCCGAUCCGACGUGUGUUUGGUAUGGAGAGUGUGCAAAAAAAUCCGGGACACAAAAUUGUCCAUACAACGGACCGGCCAAGUUACUUAAUAAUGAUACAGCAGAAUUAAAAUUGAAAGAAUUGUGUCCUCAUUUAUUUUCUGAUACUGAGCAUCCUGAAACAUGCUGUAAUUCAAGUAUGAUCUCCACAAUGAGUAGCAAGAUAGGGAUGCUUCAGAUUUUCGAACGUUGUCAGUCUUGUUUGAAAAAUAUAAAACGUUCGAUUUGUGAUAUAACGUGUGCUAAAACUCAGAGUACUUUUAUGGCUGCGACCAAAAUUGAAAUCGAUGAAUAUACUAACAAAAGUUAUAUCGAAGAGAUUGAGGUUUACAUAUCAGAAGAAUACAUAAAUGCGACUUUCGACUCUUGUAGAGGAGUACUGUAUCCAGCGACCGGUGAAUCGGCGUUUGAUAUGGCUUGUGGAAAGUAUGGACUGAGUCGAUGUACGCCAAAAAGGUGGUUUACGUUCAUGGGUCAAAUGUCUAAAAUGUUCGGCGGCUUUACAAUGACUUAUAUCUAUGAACCGGAUCAAGAGAAAAAUUUAACCGAGCCAUUGAAUCCGCCGACCAAGUCAUGCAGUGAAGCUUACGAAAAUUCGACUGCAUGUGGGUGCGUCGACUGUGUUUGCAAAAAUAUUAUCGAGUGGAAGGAAGAAGACUCGGUUUUUACCAUUCUUGAGCUUAAUGGCUACGGAAUAGUCGUCGGAAUAUUGAUAAUUAUUAUCAGUACAAUCUUCACUAUGAAUCAGAUAUUUUUUAAAAAAUUUUGUGCCAAUAAUUUUAGAAUGAGUGACUUUCAAAUAAGUUAUCACAAAAAAUUCAAAUCGUUAUUUACCAAAUGGGGAUACUUUUUUGCAAAAUAUCCUACCGUAUCUUUGUGUCUGAUAUCUUCUGUGCUAGCAGGAUUAAGUUAUGGUUCAACUUCUUUAAAAAUAACCAUCAACCCUAUUGAAAUUUGGGCUUCGCCUCAAAGUAGAUCUCGAUUUGAGAGAGAUUAUUUUGACCAUCAUUUCACUCCUUUUUAUCGAACCGAGCAAAUUUUUAUAAAACCUGUUGGCUUAAAUAACUUUACAUACAAAUUAAACGAUGAGAAACUAGAAGUUGGUCCAGUAUUUACAAAAGAAUUUCUUAUUGCCGUUUAUGAUCUUCAAAAAGAAAUUUUACAAAUUGGACAAGAUUCAAAUGAAGGCUUGGAAAAAAUUUGCUUCGCUCCAGUUCGCAAUGACUUUGAUGGACCAGUAACUUUAGAUAUGUGUGUAGUGCAAAGUGUGUGGGGUUACUUCCAAAAUAAUUUGACGGAAUUUAUUAACGACGGUUAUAAUAACAGUAUACAAAAGCUUUUUGAUUGCACGCAAAAUCCGUACAACGUGCAAUGUAUGGCACCGUACAAAGGACCAAUCAUUCCAGAAAUAGCAUUCGGGGGUUUUUUGCAGGAGAAUAAGUUGCAAUAUGAAAGUACUGACUAUAUGAAGUCUACUGGAUUAGUUCUGACUUUUUUGGUUAAAAAUUCAUUGAACAAAACAGAAUUACAACCAAUGUUAAAGUGGGAACAAAAGUAUCUGGAUUUCAUGAAAAAUUGGACCAGUUCCCCUUGUUCAGAGUUUAUGGAAGUCGCUUACAGCGCAGAGAGAUCAAUUGAAGAUGAAUUGCAAAGAACUUCUGUGACUGAAAUACAAACAGUGGUCAUAAGUUAUGCCUUCAUGUUCCUCUACAUAGUUUUGACUCUAGGACAAUUUAAACUAUCUCCACAGUGCUUCGUUACCAGCAAAAUAUUGAUCAGUCUCGGUGGAAUUGUUAUUGUUUUAGCCUCUGUAGCCAGCACCUUUGGAAUUUUCGGCUACAUUGGAGUCCCAACGACGAUUUUAACACUCGAGGUGAUUCCGUUCCUGGUAUUGGCAGUAGGAGUCGACAAUAUUUUCAUCCUCGUUCAAACUCACCAAAAAAAUCCCCUGCGCGCUGGAGAAAGCAUACCAGAUUACAUCGGAAGAAUUUUAUCGUCAGUGGGGCCCAGCAUAUUACUGACAAGUAUUUCCGAGUGUUUGUGUUUUUUGAUCGGAACUCUCUCGUCCAUGCCAGCUGUCAGCACGUUUGCUCUGUACGCAUCAGUGGCGAUAAUCAUAAACUUUCUGCUGCAAAUCACAGCGUUUAUAAGUUUGCUCGCAUUAGAUGUGAGGCGAUCUGAAAAUAAUCGUGCUGAUGUUUUGUGCUGUUUCUCAAUAAAGAAAUCGACAACCACCCAGGGAAAUCACAGUAUUAUUUAUAAUGUAUUUUCGUACUUCUACACGCCUUUUUUGAUGAAAAAAAAUGUCGGAAUUGGAGUCAUAGUUGUUUUUAUAGGCUUGUUAGUGCUUCAUUCUAUAGUUGGGCCGAAUGUCGAAAUUGGUUUAGAUCAAAAGCUCUCAAUGUCCGAAGAUUCAUACGUUUUAAAGUAUUUCAAUUUUAUGCAAGACUUAUUAUCAGUAGGACCACCAGUGUACUUUGUAGUAAUGAGUGGAUUGAAUUACUCCAAUACAACCGUCCAGAAUGCAGUAUGUGGCGGUCCAGAAUGUAACGUAGAUUCUGUAUUCACUCAAAUAUACACUGCGUCUCAACAAUCUCAAAUAUCAUACAUUGCUAAACCAGCUUCUUCAUGGAUUGAUGAUUACAUCGACUGGAGCAAAAUUCCAGAUUGUUGUAAAUAUUUUGCUAACAAUGGAUCGUUUUGUCCUCAUAACCGAAAUGAUUGCCAGACCUGUAACAUAGUAAAGAAUAAACUCAAACUACGGCCAGACGCACAGAGUUUUCGUAAAUAUAUCAGCUACUUUGUAUCUGAUGUACCAGAUGAAUAUUGUGCGAAAGGUGGUCGCGCUGCAUAUCUUGAUGCAUUGAAGUAUUCGACUGACGAAUAUGGGAUGAUUGAUGUUGGAGACACGUACUUCAUGAGCUACCAUACGCCUUUGAAGAAGCAGUCAGACUGGUACAACGCUCUCUCGUACGCUCGGAUCAUCGCUAAAAAUAUAACGAGUAUGAUCAACAGCGCCUCGCUGACUAAUCAAACAAUCGAGGUCUUUCCCUACAGUGUUUUUUACGUAUUUUACGAGCAGUAUCUGACGAUUUGGCAAGAACUGCUCGAGUCGAUUGGACUGUCGCUUCUCGUCGUUUUCGUGGUGACGUACUUACUCACCGGACUAUCAUUAUUCUCGGCGGUGGUUGUACUGUUGACCGUAGCGAUUAUCAUCGUAAACAUGCUCGGAUACAUGUACUGGUGGAACAUAACUCUCAAUGCAAUCUCGCUCGUCAAUUUAGUGAUGACUGUUGGAAUCUCUGUUGAAUUUUGCAGUCACCUGGUUCACUCGUACCUUACUUCUAGUCAAAAAACAAGAGUCGCCAAAACCUCGGAAGCUCUGACUGACAUGGGCAGUUCUGUCUUCUCAGGCAUAACAAUGACGAAAUUAAUUGGAAUUAUUGUUCUUGCAUUCGCCCAGACUCAAAUAUUCCAAGUGUUUUACUUCAGAAUGUACUUGGGAAUUUUAAUAAUCGGCGCUUCUCAUGGAUUGAUAUUCUUACCUGUACUCCUACGAUUUAUUGGCCCGAUUCAAGCAAAUACUGACUCUGAAGCUCCUGAAGAAGUCUUUGAGCCAAGUACUGAAAACAUCAGUAAAGAUGCAAAUUAAA